AAUUGCCAUCGGGUGUUUGUCAGAUCUAUAAGGAAUAUAACAAUAGUUUUGUUCAUUUGGGGCAUUUAGGAGCAAGUAGCCAAUUAAAAAUAUGUGGGCAUAGGGCAAAUACGAUAUAAGACUACUGAAAAUAUAACUACGUGCUCAAAAGUUAUCAAACGUUUUAUUUCCUAGGAUUUUUGUCCGCCUUUCUUCAAUUAAAAUGGACAAAAUAUUUGGGGCAAACCUAGAAUUUGUUCGGGAAGAUGAUUACGUAGAAUAUUUCAUAUUUCCCAAAUUGGAUUUGGAUAAAAAUGAAGACAAUGCGGUUCGCAAACAGUUGGAAGAAACACGCACAAAAUGCAUGAGCAUUGUGGAGAAGUUGACAAAGGAGCGUGAUUAUAUAUGGCACAAAGAUGAAUUUGAAUUGCGUGUGCGAACUUGUUCCCCACAGGAAUUAUUGCUUAACGAUGAGUCAACGACGACAACAAAGGAAAAGGCAGCAAAUAUUACCCGAAAACCAUCCGACCAAGAUCGAUUGCCACCACAUUUGCAUGGCGUUACUCAUUAUGGUGAUAAUAUAGCCGAUGAAUGGUUUAUUGUAUACUUAUUAAGCAAAAUUUCCCAGGAGUUACCUACGUUGGUAGUGCGUGUCAUAGAUUCAGAUGGAGAAUUUCUUCUAAUCGAAGCCGCUGACUUUUUGCCUAAAUGGGCCAAUCCCGAUACUUGCGAACAGCGUGUGUAUAUAUGUGAAGGUUUUGUUAACUUGGUUCAGAACUCUCCCACAAAUACAUCAAAAAUAAUGCCUAUCUCCGAAGCGGUAGAAAGAAUUCACAAUAAUCCCACACUCUAUAAGGUCUCUAAAGAAAUACAGAAUUGUAUUACAGGCAGAAUAAAAGAAUUCGAUAGCACCAAGAAUGAUGCUCUUCAUCAUCAAAUUGUGCGCCUUCCUUUGGGCGUUGCCAUGUUAUUAAAAACGAAUCCAUCAUUUAUUUCGGCAGCAGUCCGAUCAUUUUGCGAACGGGAUCCGAUUGAUUUGAAAGCAUGCCGCUCGAUGCGUUAUUUCCCUCCCGAACAGAGAGUUCGAACUAAUGUUUGCUUUACCAAGUGUCUAUAUGCCAUGAUUAUGCAUAGCAAUUAUGUUCCAGAUCGUAAUAUUGGUUGGAAUUUAUCGGGCAAUCCUAAUUCCGAGGAAUAUAAAGAGGAUUUGCUGGGCAUUAAAGUUGCUUGUGGAUUCGAAAUAUUAGCAUCUCAGGCCAAAGAUGCAAACAGUGAAGAUAAAUCACCAGCGUGGAAGGCAUACGUCAGAAGUUUACAAGCCAAAGGAUAUUUUAGAGAUAACAUUGAGGGAUCCGUUGAAUAUCAACGUUUGCUGGAGCAAGCCAAAAAUUAUUACAAGGAUAAUCAAAGUCGUUUUCGUACUGCACCAUUAGUUGGUAAAGAAAUCCUAGAUUUAUUGCGAUCGACGGAAGUAAAUAUCGAAGAGUUGAGAGAUGAGGAAAAUAAUUUGAGGCCAAGUGAUAGUGAUGAUUGGCUUAACAUCAGUGCGGAACAAUUGGAUGCUAUGCUGCUUGAUCGUUACGGUCCCAAAAAACUUUACAAAUCGAAUGGAGAUAUUAAUGCUGAAGAGUUCACUAAAAACAUUUCAGAAUUUCUCGAAAAAGAAUCGGCACUGGAAGGUGUUGAACGUGAUUCUGACGACUAUAGUACAGGGGAAGAAGAGAAACAUGCCGAGGAACAACGUAAAAAGAAUGAUGCUACAUCGUCAAAAACAAAAGUGAAAAAGAAUCAUUCAAUGCGCCAGGCAAUGCGUAAAAAUCCUGUCAAUUUGAACAAAUCAAACAAUUCAGAACAUGAAGAUAGCUUUACUACGCAGGUGAAGAGUUUCUUAGAUUUUGUCAUACCCGAAGACAAAUGGGACUCAAAUUCGGAAAUGAGUGACUACGAAGAUGAAGAGGAUAUGGAGCGUAAUUUUGCAGCCAUGCACGAAGUAGAUAAACAAAUUGAUGCCGACAUUAAGGCCUAUAUGGAUCAAAUGGAUCGUGAAUUAGCCAAUACAACAAUUGGCAAAUCUUUUGAUAAAACUAAAACACAUAGCAAAGCCAAGUUGGCCACAGCCGAGGAGUUUGAUGACAUUGAAGAUUUCGAACCCAUUAAUAUUAAUGUGAAUACUUUGAAAAAUAUGAUGGACAGUUAUAAGUCGCAAGUUGGCGGCAGUGGUCCAGUGUCAAAUCUUCUUAAUGCAAUGGGUGUUGGUAUGUCUGCAGCUGCUGCUGAAGCCAUGGCCGGAGAUGAUAAGGAUGAUUUGAAAGAAUCAUCUGUAUAAAAUCACAUAUCUACAUUUUCAAUUUUGUAUAAAGUAUUUUGCUAAGCAUUUCUUUGUAUUUAAAUGAAAACGGAAUGGAAAAACAAGUUAAAAGGUGUAGCCCCGGAAUACACUUUUUUCAUUUACAAUUUAAAGCCGUCGCAGUUUCCAAUACAGGGUACUUAUAUUUAAAUAUCACUCAUUUGAGGAAAAUUUUAAAAUAAUUUUCGCUCUCUACACUCUAUAUUUAUGAAAAGAUAAAAUAACGCAAUUUUUUUUCCUAACAAUUGUGAUUUUUCAAUAAAAGUUUUACUCUGGCUUAGUGAA